AAACCUGCAAACCUUCGACCGAUCAUUAGGUUUUAUUUCAUUUUUUUUCGCUUUUAUGUGCUUUGCUGCACUUUUUCACUUUCUAAAAACGUCAUUCUCUCAAGACAAUAAUCCUGUCCCAUUAUCAAGGCUUAUUUUGGUUGGAAGCGCAGAUUCGAAGGGGAGCGAUCCGGUCAGCGGAAGUUCAUAAUAGCCAUGCCCGCGUGCUAUAAAAUGGCGGACGAGAUGAACGAGCUAGAUAAUUGAUAUGAAAUUUCCGCGUGAACUCUGAAACGGUAAUCUGAUAUGGGGGUCAAAGGACUGUGGCAGCUUUUGGAGCCUGUAGGAAAACCGGUCACACUGGAAUCAUUACAGGGCCAAGUGCUUGCUGUUGAUGCCAGUAUCCUGAUGAACCAAGCCAUAAAGGGAAUGAGGGAUGGAUCUGGGAACCCUGUGCCUAAUGCUCACCUGUUUGUAUUGUUCCAUCGUCUCUGUAAGCUGUUGUUCUACAGAGUCAAACCUGUGUUUGUGUUUGAUGGUGGGGUCCCCGUGCUGAAGAAAAAAACUUUGGAAGCAAGAAGAGAAAGACGUUUCAAGGCCAAACAUGGCUCUAACAAAGCAGCUGAAAAGAUCAUUAAAAACUUUCUCAAAGGCAAAGCCAUUGAAGCUGUCACUGGGAAGAAAAGUGAUUCAACUCUGAGGGGCAGUAGAAGUGCAGAGCAAGAUCUGUUUGAGCUACCUCCUUUGCCAGAACAUGUCACAGGGCAUGGCAGCUCAUCAGAUGAAGAAGCUGACGACUCACCAUUGCUCCAGCAAUACCUUUCACAAAAUAGCAUGGAGCUAGAGCUGCAAGAUCCCAGCGCCAUUGAUGUGAACUCGGAAGACUUCAAGUCUUUGCCUGAAGAAAUCCAGCAUGAGCUUAUUAUUGAGAUGAAGGAGUCACGACGAUGGACUUUCCAUAAAGACAUGCCUGAUGAAGCGACAGAUUUUUCAUCUUUCCAACUUCAAGGCGUACUGCAGAGGGGCAGGCUAACACAGAAACUCGACCAGCUGCGUAAGGACAUGACCAUGCGCACCUCGGGCGAGGUAGCAGGUAUUGCAGGCAAGGGAAGUGUUCAAUCGAGCCGGAUAGUGUCUGAAGACACUGGGCAUUACGUCCUGGUGAAGGGACCAAAGAGCGAUCAUGCCCAAGGUUCACUAAUAGACAAUUCGACAGAAGGCGGAUUCUUUAGGGAAGAAGAAGAUGAUAAGAUUGCUACAAACAUAUAUCCGAAGUAUCUAGAAAAGGCUUCUAAACCAUCGACGGUCCCAGUACCGACCUUCGAGGUACCACAUAUCGAGAGCAGUGAUUCCGAGGCCACUUCACCUUUUGUUGAGGUUCCCGAAGCUUCGUUUCGUUUCCAAAGCGAUGGCACAACGUGUCACCAAGCUAAGGAAAUGACAGAACAAUAUAUUCCAUCUGAUCAGCCUUCUUGCGAAAAUGAUGAUUUGACAGUUAAUGGUGAAAUAGCAAAGCGUAGAAACAGAAUAGAAGCACCGUUGAAGUCUACGGAUCUACGAGUUAACGUUGAGAAUGUAUCAACGAAGAAGGGUGAAUCACAAGAUAAUAAACCUGUAUCCAUGGAAAAGGAGUCGGAUUUAGAUUCAAUUAAACAGAGUAAGGAUAGAGAAACAAAUAUUACCGUCACCACUGUCACUGCUUUUUUCAACGAUAAGCAGAAGCCCAAAAGUAGCGCUGAAGCAGAAGAUCUCUCAGUGAAUAUCGCAGACGGUAUGGUGCAAAAGGACGGUGCUAUAAACAUAGAACUUAACGAAUCCUCUUGCAGAAACGAUGAAACCAGCAAAGAUGUAGCGAGCAAUGUUCUCUUCGAAAAUAAUGAAAACAGUUCUAAGUUGAGUAACGGAGGUUCUUAUGAGGCUGAAGUAUUCUCCCUUCACCUGGAGUCGAGUACAGCGAGUUCGGAGUCUAGUGAUGGAGAACCAGUACCUCAGCAGCGAACAGGUGCUCGAUUCGAUAGGGAAGUAAAUGAAUUUAUCACACCCGAAUUUAUAGACCAAAAGAGUGCAGCGAAUUCAGAUAUCGUCGCCAGCGCUGGCAAUUCUAUUGUGGAUGAAGCAGAGUCUGCCUUUGAUAAACCUCCAGUAGCUUUUGCUGUUAGAAAUCAAGAAGAUGUUGCGAGCUCGAACGCUGCGCCAACCGAAAUCCUAACCGAAGACUUGACUAAAACUGCAGAGAUUUGUAUGAUUGAGUCGGAUAGCGAGCCAGAAACCCAUGGGUCAGCUGUUGCUGCUGAAAUCUCCAUUGACGCCAAUAAACCAGCAAGCCGGCGUCCAAGUAUCUCCAGACCAAUGCCCGAACAGUCCGAGUUUGCUGGUGUGUCAAAGCGAGAUCUUGAGGAGGUGCAGACAAACCUGAAUCGAGAGCAGCGUACGCUGCAGUCGGAAAGAGCGCGACAGGCGCGUGCGUCAGCCGAGGUCUCUACGGAAAUGCUGAACGAGAGCCAGGAGCUCUUACGCCUGUUUGGUGUUCCCUUCCUGGUUAGUCCCAUGGAGGCCGAGGCUCAGUGCGCGUUCCUGGACAUGACUGGACAGACAGAUGGUACCAUCACUGACGACAGCGAUGUGUUUCUCUUUGGUGGAAGAAGGGUGUACAAGAAUAUCUUCAACCAGAACAAGCACGCAGAGUGUUACACUUGCGAAGAUAUAGACAAGGGACUAGCGUUGAGUCGCAGUAAGAUGAUCAAGCUUGCAUUUGUCACCGGAAGCGAUUACACCGAAGGGAUCCAAGGCCUAGGGGCGGUUAGCGCAAUGGAGGUUCUUCAUGAAUUCAGCCAAGAUGGAUUUGCUGCACUCAAGGAACUAAGGAAAUGGUAUGAUGAGGCGUUGGACAAUGGUGUCACCAAGCACGAGACCAAAAUAAAAACAAAGCUGCGAACUGUGGCGCUGCCCACAGGGUUCCCAUCUCGUGAAGUUUAUGAUGCCUAUACGGACCCUGUUGUAGAUGAAUCACGUGAUCGUUUCGAGUGGGCGCGACCUGACUUGCAUGAGAUCAGAAUGUUUGCGUCGGAUAAGCUCGGAUGGACAUCAAAGCGCACAGAUGAACUUAUGCUUCCUGUCAUGAAAGAACUCAACAAAAACGAGUCACAGACAACCAUGGAGAAGUUUUUCCAAGUCAAAUUUCAGGAGACGAGGAAAAAACACAGUAAGCGCGUGCGCAGAGUGAUAAACCGCAUGCGAUACGACUCAAGUAGUAGCGGGCUCAGUAGCGAGGACGAGGCUGGCCGCGCGCGACCUGGGACUUCAAGCGGAAAGGCUGUGCAAUCUACUUCCGGUAAGCAGCAGAAACACACAGAACAACGCCCUCUUGAUAAGGCACGUGAUAAGGGCCCUUCUGGCUCUAAACAAAGAAAACAUCAACGGGUUACAUGUACUACGGUGGAACUACAAGAUAUCUCGAAACGUGAUACAAAUACAGAUGAUGUUAGACCCCGAAAGCGCGCGAAAACGAGUGAGUCCAUCAGAGGACGACGGGAACCCUGUGGAACGAGAUCUCCCGAGGAAUAUGUAACUGUUUCGGGCAUAUCCCCAAAAAGUGUCUCAGACCCGUGUCUAUUUCAUAUGGACAGCGAAGAAGAUGAGGAUAUCGUAUCAGUCCUGGAACGUUCGACCUCAAACUUAGGGCAUGGUAAUUCUUUCACUGGUAAAAUAUCAAAAAACUAUAGCUCUAGACCCCAGAAUAGAGAUGAUAACAUAAAAACAAGUGCUUUGACAAACAGCCAGACUACAGAACAAAAUCAAUCAGAGACAAAGGACUCGACAACUUCAGAUAGCGAAUCAGAAGAAGAGGAGAAAGUAUUACCAGUAGCGAGUAGUGUGAAGGUCAGGGGGAGGGAGACAGGGAGAGGGAGCGGAAGGGGGCGUGCACGCGGGCGGCGUGGGCGUGGCUCAAGGGGUAGGUAGAACUUUCCGAAUGAAAAGGAAGAAGGUUAAAAUAGGCUUUCUAGCCCUCGUAGUUGCCAGAAAUUCAUGCCCAAAAAAAUUAUUAUUUAUUAAAAAAGGAUAUACACAAGUCUGAACCCGCUGGAGAAUGACGUUCAAAAUAAUAAUAAAAUUAUCCUACAGUUACUACCUACAAUUAACCCUACCCAUUUUCGCUAUUUGUCUGAUACAUGCAUAUUCUUCUUCUCCUCCGUACUUGUUUUCUUUAUGUAUUUGUACAUAUCUGAUACAUGUAUUUGAUCCUUUUUUUUCGGGUUAGGUAUAAGUAGGCAAAUGGUAGGCAUUAGUUUACCUGAAAGGUAAACCUCUCCUUAAUGUGAAUUGGAAGAGUUAUUAGAAUUGUUCCCCAUUAGGAAUGGCAGCCGUUAAUGUGCGUGAGGAGAUAAAAAAAAUAAUCAAAAAUAGGUAUCAACUCAAAAUAGGGAGUAAGUAAUCUGAUACAAACACGAAAAGACACUUUGUUCUUACGCGUUUUUGAGAGUCUGACCGUAUCUCUUUACCUCCUGAGCCAGAGUGGCGACAAAUAAAGCACGAAAUUCUUUCAUUUAUUUCAUCUUUUACCCUUAAUAAUCUCCAAAGGACAAAGAGAAGUGGUCUCAGAUCUCAAGGUUUUAUCUGUAAUCACAUUUAAAUCAUUUUUUUACAUAUCCUCAAUAUUAUUCACUUUUACACGGUUUUCUAUCCCCCUAGAUCAGAUCAGUAAACUACCCCUAAAAAUUGCGCAUGAAAGCUGUGUAUUAAUUGGAAAGGAAAUAGUCUAGAGCAAUACACGGAUUAAAUGAGAUAGAGUGUCUUGGUGCGUUCUCAAUGCCCUCCAGCUGAUAUCUCUAUUGCGGCAUACUCUGUUUUAAUAUUCAUUCCUUAAAAAAAAAAAAAUAGUUGUCAUAUAAUGAAAUGAAUAGUAAUGGUUAAACUAUUUUCAUGCGCUAAGAAUGAAAUAAUUUAUUUACAUGUACUACUAUCACCUUAAUCAAGCAAUCACUCACUCGUAGAUGGUUUAUUCUAACUACCAGCCCGUUGUAUUUUCGAAUAUAAAAAGAACGCUGUGGCAAAUGGAUAUUCUUUAACCCCGAAGCACAUUAAUCACAACGAAGAAGAGGUUUUUAAUGCUACAAAUGCAGUAGCCAAGGGCAUGCUAAGAGAUAAAGUAAAAGGCUUAUAAGAAAAUCCUCAAAUGCCAAGUGACAGAAAGACAUCUCGCUAUCUUAGCCCCUCCCAGGGAUAUCAAAUGUAAUCAUAGGAAAUAGAAAUAGUAUUGUCCAGUUUGAUAACAGUAACUCCUAAAAAAACUAAUGAUUAACUUCUAGUCGGUAUUAUGGGCGUCUGUUUCAUUGUUUAUUAAAUAGAAAGCAUCUUUAGGGAGUGUUCAUUAAAUACACUGAGGAGGGGGAAGAUUUUUACUCAAGACAACUUAAAAUUUCAGAGCCCCCCUUUCAUUGUAUAUAUUUUUUUCGGUGCCCCCCCCCCCCCUUAUAGAACCCCAAAGUUUUUAGAGCCCCACCCCCGACCUCAAUAAACAAAAAUGUCUUUCAAUCUGGAAAAUGGAUACUGAGAAGCUGCCAUCUUUGUCCGAGUCGAUGAUCCAGUCAAGUUCAUCAUUAUUUUAGAGGCUGUUAUUCACAACUAUCAGUAUCGACCUUCAUAAUUUAAUGUUUUGUUUUGCGUGGAUGCAUUUUUGUUUUUGUCAAGAAUAUUUUUCUGUAUAAAAAGGGACAAUGUUCAACGUAUAUAAAUAUUAAAGCUGAAAAGUAUUGCUUAAAAAAUUCAGACCCCCCCCCUUAUAGGACCUUUUGGUGGUUAAAAUUUUUCGUCGUAUAGGUUAACAUAGGCCUUAGGCUAGAUUUCUUUUUUGUGAUAAAUUGAAGCUUGCCAAUCAUAUCGGCAAACAUAAUGAUGAUACUCACUUGGUUUCAGUGAGACAAAGAACGUAAAGAUGUAUGUUUUCAUGCACCCCCAAGCGAUAUUUUCAAUCGAUAUAUUCUACAAGCCUUUACUUGUGGUUUGGUUUCAUAUUAGGGAUGUGAUGUCGAUGAACCUUAGCUUAGCUGUAGCUUAGUUGGUCAUUGAACUUAUUGCUGAGCGUUAAUCUUUUGCAUGAUGAGAGAUGUUGCUUUUUGAGUGAGGCGAUGUUUGAAAAACAAUUAAAUGUUUUUUUUUUUUUUUCAAAAAUCACUUUAAUUUCAAAUCCCCAUGCUAAAAAGCAAAUCUCGAAACAUAAAUCAUGGUAAGAGCAGAACUUUUUAUGUCGUUCGUUCCUUUGCCGCAAGAAAAUGACUGUUCACAAAAGUCAAAUAUUUCAUCUUACAAAAAAAGCGCUUUUUAAAAUAGUUUAGAAACCAUUCACUUUUUGUAUUCAAUUAACUUAACACAUGCAACUCAUCGAGCUAAAGCCAAAAUACGAGCAAUUCUUCUCCGCUUUACUUAUUUUUUAUUCCACACUAUAAUUUAAGGGCGGCUGCUAAGCAGACACAAAUUUUAAUAUGAAAAUUGUAUUAGCUUUCUUUUCUCUUUAUAACAUUCACCAAUGGACGUAAGGUUUUUUGCAGUCUUCACAAAAAUAGUUAAUGUUUUUAUUUCGCAUAAUUUCUACAAAGAAGACCACAUGGCGGUUGGAAAAUUAUUCAACGAACGAUCUGGAACGUGAUUGAAUAUUGGCAAAUGAGCUUUUGAUUGCAGACAAAAGCAACCACCUACUUCGUUCAUCAAAAUAUCUUUUCUUUCUGAUCAUGUCAGUGCUUCAAUUUAACAUUAUUUCUAAUAAAGACACCAAUUUGAAAUGUUAUUAAUACCAGUUGGGUACCUGGAUUCCUGAAGGCCAUGCUCUGGUUAACUAUUGUUCUACUUUUAUUAUGACGUUCCUGUUAUGCGCUAAGAGAGAUAGGAGCAACUUCCCUUUAAUAGAACAAAAGGAAAGGAAGAAAGAACCUUGUGUUAUGUUGUGUCUUCCUCGUGAUUGGUUGGUUUAAAAGUAAACACUUGGGGCGAUUGAAUAUUCAUCGUCGCGAAUAUGCUAAUGAAAUGUCUUAUUAUUGAGGAUUUUACUUUUGUGAUCAGUAAAGGAGUACGUCUAGGAUCGAAACAUGCUGUCUUACAUACAGAGAGCCCAACGAAGACGACGAUACGAAAGGUCUUCUUCUUACGAUGACACAGGUCCCGAUUCAACAACCCCACCGCCAACUCCUGAAUCGCCAAAAGUCGAAGGCUUUCGCUUCUCGUCUUCCACCAAAAGGAACAAUCAAAAUGAAUGUGGCAAUUCUAAGUUGAAAGGAUUUAUGAAUCGACGUCAGCUCAGUGAACCGUCGGGUCUGAAAGAGCAAAAUUCAGAAAAAGUAGGAGCGGCGAAACCAUUGUUAAAACCUGCGAUUCAGACGACCGCUGAAGACGCCACGGAGACUACUAAACUUCAAGACGUGAAUAACUGAUAUUUGUAAUGAAGCGUGGGGGAGAGCAAUCAUAUAGAUAUGUGUUUUUAUUUUGAAUAAGAAAUGGAUGAACUUGGAAUUGUAUAAAUGACUCCGUAAUUCUUUCAAGGAUUCUUCAACGAAAUGAAGAAGAAAUUUUAACCAUGCAAAAAUCAUCAAGAUAAAGGGCUGCACGAAACACCUUGAAAGGCGAACGAUUAAGCCUUUUUGUCUUCCGAGUUUGACUUCUAUAGAUAUAUCUACUAAGAUUUAGGAAGACUGCAGUUGCCUUUUAGCCGACGGGGGCGUGCAUUUCUGUCAUAUAUUAGGAUAUAUAGUAUAUUUUUCAAUACCUGAGGCAAACAAAUUGUUGAUCAAUAAUCUAUUGAAUAUUAUCAUCCACGUCUCCUUCUGAUUUUACUGUCGAGAGCUGAAAAAGAACUAUUUAGUUCAUUCAAAAAUUAAACAAAGUAUUAUAAAAUAGAGAAAACAAAAAAGAAUUUGGUUACUUAUUAAGUAAAUGUAUCACUGUUUCCUUCUUAUGUAAAUUCGUUAAUGGCGAUAGACAUCAACUUGAGCUGAAUUGCGAUAAAGAGUUUCGUAAAUAAGCAUUGUCGGGGAAGGUAUCUUUCUCCCAGUGCAUAUCGUUAAAAAAAUAACUGAAAACAUG